CCAAGUGCGCCCUCCUUCUUGCCAGCCGCUGGCGCUCAGCGCGCAGAGCCAGGCGCUGGGCUGCGCAUCCGUGACUCCAGUCGUGCUCCGGGAGCCCUGGGGGAUCAGACGACCCACAUCCACCCUCUGCUGGGACUCACUCACGGCCCGGUCCCAACCCCUGGAUGCGGAGUCAGUGGGAAAACCAGGCUUUUCUGCCAAAACCCAGGGAACUCUCCCAGGGGGGGAGCUGUGGUGGAGGUUCUUAAGGAGACUCCAGUCCGGCUUCUUGCCCUUUGCUCGAAGACUGCAGGAUUCAGCAGAGAGGAAGCCUGUUCCCUGGCUAGCCAGCUGCCUCCAACCUGGAUGGAUUGAAAAAUGCGGCCUGAUGACAUCAACCCGAGGACUGGGCUGGUGGUGGCCCUGGUCAGUGUCUUCCUGGUCUUUGGCUUUAUGUUCACUGUCUCCGGGAUGAAAGGAGAGACACUGGGGAACAUCCCCCUCCUGGCCAUCGGGCCAGCCAUUUGCUUGCCUGGCAUCGCAGCCAUUGCCCUGGCUAGGAAGACUGAGGGAUGCACCAAGUGGCCCGAGAACGAGCUGCUGUGGGUCCGUAAGCUGCCCUGCUUCCGGAAACCCAAGGACAAGGAGGUGGUGGAGCUGCUGAGGACCCCUUCAGACCUGGAGUCUGGCAAAGGGAGCUCGGACGAGCUGGCCAAGAAAGUGGGCCUCAGGGGGAAGCCGCUCCCCCAGGGGCAGAGUGAGGUGCCUGUGGCCAGCUCCAUCACCACCCCCACCCCCACAGAGGAAGGAGACUGCCAGAGUCUGGUCCAGAGUGGGCACCGGGAGGAGACGUCUCGAUACCUGGAUGGCUACUGUCCCUCAGGCAGUUCCCUCACCUAUAGUGCCUUGGACGUCAAGUGUUCAGCCUGGGACAGAUCCGACUGCCCCGAGCCGGAGGACAGCAUCUUCUUUGUGCCCCAGGACAGCAUCAUCGUUUGUUCCUACAAGCAGAACAGCCCCUAUGACAGGUACUGUUGUUACAUCAAUCAGAGCCAAGGCAGGUGGGACCAUGAGACCAUAGUAUAAGAUUUGCACACAAGAGUCGCUGUGCUGGUAGACCGGACUAAAUCCCAGCUCCCAAAGGAAGACUACUGCUCUGCUCCAAGAGCCUUCACAGUAUUAGAAAUGGACCUGGUAUGUGAUGGUGCCUGAAAGCUAUGUAAAUAGACAUGUUGGGACAGCUUUUAGGGAAAGCUGAUGAGGGGUAUGGAUGCUGGAAGAGGCAGUGGGGAGGGAGGGAAGCAGUUACAAUCACUUCUUAACAUACUUGAAACAAUGUUUUGUGAAAUAACCCAAAUGAGUACUAUCCAGCACCUCCUAACAGCAACCUGAAUCCAGAGUGGGUUGCAGGUGCCACCACCAGAGCAUCC